CGCCGGGCUGCGCGGCGAGGCGCAGAGGUGGCCGUGCCAUCGGCUGGCGAGGCAGAAGAGGAGGCUCCGCUCUGGGGACAGCCACCGGCUCGCCCGCAGCGGCAGCUAGAGCUGCUCCCCCAGCCAAAGGGGCAUCCCAGCCUCCCGCCUGUGUAGCUAACUCUUCUGGGGAGUCGUGUUGUGUUUUCUCCCUCCCGCAUCCUCGCCCUGGGCGAUUAUUUUGUAGCACUGGCUGCCCCCCGCCCCGGCCCGGCCCGCUUGAUCUUUCUGGGGAGCAGUUUGAACACUAUUGGAGAGCGAGCGAGCGAGCAAGCAAGAGAUCUGCCCGCACUUGUAAUGCGAAGUAUUAACAACAAACAGAAGUCAGUCCCCGCGUCGAGGAAGGGCGCGGGCCCCCUGGCCCUGCUGCGGGGCAGAGCUUUCUGACAAAUAGCUGAAGUUCAGUUGAUCCUGUCUGAAGUUGAGCUCUCAGAGCAAACCGAAAGGAGGAGAGGCGAGGGCGCCCGAGAGAACUACACUGCAGCUUGCUGCUUUCUUUUCAACACUUUCCUCAGCUCUUCUGCCACAAGCUCUGCUGCUCUGUCUGCAUGGAGUGGGAAGGCACUGGCAAGAGAGGCUGCUAAGAAAGGAUCGAAUAUGCAAAGCCAACAGAAAACUGAAAUAGCACUUUUGGUUGAAAAACACUGGCUUUGUGCCCCUUUCAAGUGUUUUACUUUUACUUCGUGAUGGGAAGAGUAGAAUCAUCGGAACCAUUGGGAUAUAGGUUGGAUUUCACUAGUUGAAGAUAAAACGAAGGUAAUAGAAGACGACAUGAGAGCAUAUUGUGUGUUUUAUGCGUAUGCAUCCAAACAAACCUUCCACAAAUAGACAUGAACAGGAAUUAGAAUUUUUUUUUUUCCAGAGAGAGGCUAAUGGAGAAAUGUUAUUGUUUUCCUCCUCCACUUUCACACUCUCAAGCCUAUGAAGAAGAAUUUUUUUUUAUACAAACGAGAGAACAGGAAGGCUAGGGGGAGUAAAUUUAACAUCUGAGUCUAUUGUAGAAAGUACUGAGCAUUUCUACUUCAGCAAAAACAAAACACUGUUCUCAAUAAAUGUAAUGAUUUCAUCAUCAGUGCAAUUUUUUCCUACUCUAGGAAUGGCAUUUUGUCAGAAUGUGACGGGAAAGGAUUUUUGUGUGAAUUCAGUUAUUUUAAAUUCAAGUUUUGGGGUCUUUUUCCAGUGCUUUUCAGCAAAAAAGAUACUACGAUUUUUAGUCCCUUGACUUAUUUAAUCAGACUGUGUUUCACAUGGAAAAUGUAGAGACUUUACCUUCCCUUUAGUUUUAUGUGUUAUGCUUUACUGUUGUAGCUGUGCAAAGUACAGACAAGGCACCUGUGGUUCAACUUUUCAGAAAUCCUUUGUUUUGUUUUCAGUACUGUACUUCAGAUAAGCUGAGCAGCGAGUCUAUCUUAUUCUUUUGUUUUUAAGCAAAAAUGCCUUAAGUGUACACUGUUAUAUUAGCUGGAUCAACAUUUGACAUCUGAACACUGUGUUUUGUAAAGAUGUAUGCUUGAAGGGAAGGAACUGCCUAAUGGAUCAUGGCUCUUAUGUUUACACUACAUAUUUUAUUCCUAGCGUUAGUGAUGUUUGCUCUCUCCACUUUUGAAGAAUCUGUAAGCAAUUACUCUGACUGGGUGACUUUCACAGAAAAUGUGGAUCAAUAUGAGAAACAGAAACUGCAAGAUUUCAGUGCCAACCAGAAGCUGAAAAAAGCUAUUCUUCAUCCAAGCUUAUAUUUUGAUGCUGAAGAUAUCCAAGCACUGAGGCAAAAGUCUCGUACAAGCCAUUUACAUCUGUUCAGAGCUAUCAGAGGUGCAGUGACAGUUAUGCUGUCCAACCCAUCAUACUACCUACCUCCACCCAAGCAUGCUGAUUUUGCUGCAAAGUGGAAUGAGAUUUAUGGUAACAAUCUGCCUCCCUUAGCUUUUUAUUGUUUGCUAUGCCCGGAAGAUAAAGCUGCCUUUGAUUUUGUUCUAGAAUACAUGGACAGAAUGGCUGGCUACAAAGACUGGCUGGUUGAGAAUGCUCCAGGAGAUGAAGUGCCACUUGGCCACUCCUUAACAGGUUUUGCCACUGCUUUUGACUUCUUAUAUGGCUCACUGGAUAACAUCAGAAGACAAAAAUAUCUAAAGAAGAUCUGGGUUGUGAGUGAGGAAAUGUAUGAAUAUUCAAAAGUCCGCUCAUGGGGAAAGCAACUUCUCCAUAACCACCAAGCCACUAAUAUGUUAGCACUGCUCACAGGUGCCCUGGUUACUGGGGUGGACAAAAAAUCUCAGACAAAUAUUUGGAAACAUGCCGUGGUUGAUGUGAUGGAAAAAACCAUGUUUCUACUCAAUCACAUUGUAGAUGGCUCUUUGGACGAAGGAGUAGCUUACGGCAGUUACACAGCUAAGUCAGUAACCCAAUAUGUUUUCCUGGCCCAGCGCCAUUUUGGUAUUAAUAACCUAGAAAACAAUUGGCUGAAAAUGCACUUUUGGUUUUAUUAUGCCACACUGUUACCAGGCUAUCAGAGGACUGUGGGCAUAGCAGAUUCUAAUUAUAACUGGUUUUAUGGCCCUGAAAGCCAGCUGGUUUUCCUGGAUAAGUUUGUAAUGAAGAAUGGAGCUGGCAAUUGGCUGGCACAACAGAUUAGAAAGCACAGGCCCAAGGAUGGCCCAAUGGUGCCAUCCACUGCACAAAGGUGGAGCACACUUCACACUGAAUACAUCUGGUAUGCUGCAGAACUAACUCCUCAACCUCCCCCUGACUAUGGCACUGCUAAGAUGCAUGUGUUUCCUAACUGGGGGGUUGUUACUUAUGGGGCUGGGUUGCCAAAUACUCAGACCAACACCUUUGUGUCUUUUAAAUCCGGAAAGCUUGGUGGCCGUGCAGUCUAUGACAUAGUUCACUUUCAGCCAUAUUCCUGGAUUGAUGGAUGGAGGAGUUUCAAUCCAGGACAUGAACAUCCAGAUCAGAACUCCUUUACUUUUGCCCCCAAUGGACAGGUGUUUGUAUCUGAGGCCCUAUAUGGACCCAAGUUCAGCCACUUGAAUAAUGUACUGGUGUUUGCUCCAUCUCCUACAAGUCAGUGUAAUCAACCUUGGGAGGGACAACUUGGGGAGUGUGCACAGUGGCUUAAGUGGAUUGGUGAUGAGGCUGGAGACUCAACUGGGGAGAUUAUAACAGCCUCUCAGUAUGGGGAGAUGAUGUUUGUGAGUGGUGAGGCAGCAUCUGCCUACUCUUCUGCAAUGAAACUGAAAAGCGUGUAUCGUACUUUGCUACUCCUAAAUGCUCAGACAUUGCUAGUAGUAGACCAUAUUGAGAAGGAGAAAGACUCUCCCCUCAGCUCUGUCAGUGCCUUCUUUCAUAAUCUUGACAUUGAUUUUAAAUAUAUACCCUAUAAGUUUAUGAACAAAUAUAGUGGAGCCAUGAUGGAUGUGUGGGAUGCUCACUAUAAGAUGUUUUGGUUUGAUCAUCAUGGGAAUAGUCCUGUUGCCAGGAUACAAGAGGCAGAGCAAGCAGCAGAGUUCAAAAAGCGAUGGACUCAGUUCAUAAAUGUUACCUUUCCCAUGAAAACCACCGUUACAAGAGUUGCAUAUGUGUUCUAUGGACCGUAUGUUAAUGUUUCUAACUGCAGAUUCAUAGAUGAUUCGAAAUAUGGAUUUCAAAUUUUUCUAAAUGUCAACAACACUGAAAAUAUUGUCUCCAUUGUGACUGAAUAUCACAGUCUGAGGACAAGGUUCAAUUAUUUGGGAUUUGGUGGCUUUGCCAAGGUAGCUGAUCAAAACAAAGUUAUCAAAUUUGGUCUAGGCACUGAAGCUGUACGAGAACAGAUAACAAAUAAUAGAACAGUUUUCCCAUUUGGAUUCAAAGUGAAUAUAAUAGCAGGAUUAGUUUUGGGCAUUAGUUUGGUAAUACUGGCUUUUCAGUGGCGGUUUUACAUUUCCUUCAGCAAAUUGUUGCGCUGGAUACUAAUACUGGUUAUCACACUGUGGUUUAUUGAGCUGGUGGAUGUAUGGAGCACUUGCACUCAGCCUAUCUGUGCAAAAUGGAGCAGUGACAUCAUAAAUGUAGACCCUAAUACAGGCAAUACAGCCAAACAGUUAGAAGGAAACCCUGUUGUUUUGCCAGAUGUGGUAAUUACCUCACUUCCCAGUUCCGGAGCAGACAUUUUAAAGCAACUUUUUUUUAACAGCAGUGAUUUCAUAUACAUCAGGAUCCCUACAACUUACCUUGAUAUCCCUGAAACUGAAUUUGAAAUUGACUCAUUUGUAGAUGCAUGUGAAUGGAAGGCUUCUGAUAUCCAAAGUGGCCGUUUCCGUCUACUCCGAGGCUGGCUCCAAUCCCUAGUCCAAGACACAAAACUGCAUUUACAAAAUAUUCAUUUACAUGAAGCCAGCAGAAAUAAAUUAGCUCAGCAUUCUAUCAUAAGUAAGGACAAAAAGAGAAGAUCCAGAAAGAGAGAGUCUUUGUCAGAACAAAGAAGCAGAACAAGAGGAAAAUUAGACAAAGAUGCUGAAUACAUUAGGGAACUGAGGAGACACCUUGCCUAUUAUCCAAAUGCACGUCCUGUGCUUAGUUUAAGUAGUGGGAGCUGGACAUUAAAGCUUCCUUUCUUUCAAGAAAUCAUAGGUCCCUCAAUGAGGGCAUUGUAUGUAGUAAGGGACCCUCGGGCAUGGAUCUACUCAAUGUUGUAUAAAAGUAAGCCAAGCCUUUACUCCUUGAAAAAUGUUCCACAGCGCUUAGCUAUGCUGUUUAAAGUGGAAGGCGGGAAAGAAAAGUGUGGUUUAAAUUCAUGCUAUGCCUUUGAAUAUGAAUCACUGAGGGAAGAACUCUUGGAUUCUAGGUCAAAUGCAGUUUCUGUGCUGUCCCAUUUGUGGCUAGCAAACACAGCAGCAGCGCUGCGAGUAAAUGGGGAUCUGCUGCAGACAAAUUAUCAGCUGGUCAAGUUUGAAGAUAUUGUGAGCUCUCCUCAGAAGACAGCUGAAGCAAUUUAUGCUUUCCUUGGUAUUCCUCUGUCUCCUGCUAGCUUAAACCAAAUAUUGUUUGCCACCUCCACCAAUCUUUUCUACCUUCCUUAUGAAGGUGAAAUAUCACCAACUAGUAUUCAUGCCUGGGAACAAAAAAUGCCUAUUGAAGAAAUUAGACUGAUUGAGGACAUCUGUUGUACCUUGAUGGACCAUUUAGGAUACCCAAAGUUUACAGUUUAAAUGCUGCAGGUCAGCAGUAGUUUGCACUAAUGAUCCCCAACUCCUCAAUGUGUGAAUAAGAAUUAGAGAGUUUGUUUAUUCUUGUAAAAUGUGUGUACAGUCUGUUACAUGCAGAAAGAUUUAUUUAAAAAAAUAGAUAUUUGUUCUAGCAGGAUUUUUAAAAGCAAACACUUAUAACUACUUUUGCUGCCUUUCAAAUAAAGCUGUGUGAACCUUUACAAAUCUACCAGCUGGGGAAUGGAUAGGUCAAGGGAUUGGUAAUAAACUAUGGAGCCUUGCACUUCCAGGUGAACAAUUUGACUCCAGCCCGAGUGGGUAGUUGCCCAAAGUAGUUACCAUCUGAUGGCUGUUUGGUGGCCUAUAUGAAAUGAGUUGGUGGUCUCAGCCCACUUUGUAAUGGGAUCAGAUUCGCAGGUAUAUUCUGGCCACUUGCUACCCCAAUGGGGCAAAGUAGCCAUAAACUGAGUAAAACUGGGGUUUAAAUCUGUUGUUCAUCACUUGAGUUGGUGGACUAGUAAAUCUGGCUCCUUAUUAGGAGUCUCAGCAGACAGGCCAAGGGCUGACUAGGCAUAGAAACUGAAUGACAUGUGAUAUGGUUCCUCCAGGUCAGAACUGAAGCUCUUUGGUAGGGUUUUAUGAGGAUGAGUUCUUGCUGUAACUAUUCUGUAGAUAAAGAGAAGACUUCAGUCUUCAGUUCCAUCAAUCUGGCACCUUCUCUGAGUACUAAAUGAACUUUGGGGAUGGGUGGGAGAGGGAAACCAUCACAAGAAAUCCAUAAAACCCCAUAAAUCUAUCAGUUAAAAAUUAGCUGAGAGGUUUCUAAAGGAUCCUAUGAAACUCCGGCGGUGCUCCACCAUACUAAACUGCCCCUGGAUUUUCAAAGCUGCUAAUGCCCUCGCCACUGAUGCUGCUGCUCUGUGCACCUCCUCUUAGCUAAGAGAAUCUGAAUGAACUUCCUCUUUUCUCAGUAAGACUCCUCCAUCCUUCUUUGUUUGUUGUAACACACUAUGAAGUCUCCUCUCUUUUUAGCUGACCAUUGUGCAUAACUCUCACUAAUUCCAGUGGCAAAGGUGUAGGAGUUCCUGUCAAUGCAAACAUUCGAUGUGGUCAUCAUCAGUGGUAAUAUAUUAAUAUCAGGUGGGAAUGUAGUGAUUAGAAGAACCCAGAUAAAUCUCCAGACCCGUAUUUCAUCAAGAAUGAUUAACUUUUCUGUAGACUAGAUCUGCCAGCAACAUCUUAUGGCUGGUCAAGGUUGCUCUUUGCGUUGAGUCACUUCAAAGAGGUUUCUCUCUCCUACUCCAGGCUUGGAUGACAAUUAAUCUCAGUAAUUUUCUUUCAAGCAUCUGAUUAUUUUAAAAUAUGAUCCUUGUUUCUUUAAAUCUGCACUGAAAUGUCACAUUGAUUUGGAAAUACACACCCUUUCUGGGGUGAAUAUUUGCUUUUGGUAAUAUCUUCGUCAUGCGGCUCUUGUGUUUUUCCUUGAGCCAUAUAUAUUUUUUUUCAUUUCACAAUGUUCUUUUUUUAAAAAAAAGACAAUGUUGAAAGUGUCCUAAUUUAUCAUACUCAGCAUUCUUUUGAAAUGCAUACAUACUGUAAAUGUCUUCAGAUGUGUAAAUCAAACCAUAGAUGAUGUCAGAGACAUCUGCUUUCUUUACCAUCUGUUUUUUCCCCCCAUUACUAAUGAAGUUGUCAUGAAAUGUGCUUAGUUUUGUUUGUAGGAGCUGGAAUCAGAGUUUUGUGCUAUUAUAUUGAAAUAUAACAGUAGAGUAAUUACCAUAUAUUUGGGUGACAAGCAUUAGGCAAUGUCAGGAUGUAAUGAGUUUCUCUCUACAGAUUGCAAUCCUCUUGCUGAUGUUUAAUAUUAACAUCUUGCUGAUGUACUCCCCUUUUUUCCUGCUGUUCUCACACACACACACACACACACACACACAUUUUCUGCACCCUCUGCAUCCUUUUGUGAUCUCUUCUUCUGACCUAGAUAAAAGUGACUCUUUCUCAGCCAUUCAUUAUUAUGUCAAAAUGUGCCUCUGGUGUGAUAAAGAUGUUGAUAUGUUGCAGUCUCAGUAACCAUAACUUGGCUGUCAUUUUCCUUUGAUUAUAAUAGGGACUCGGAGCUGCUUUUUCCCUUCUUCUUUCCUGGGUCUUACCUCUGGCUAGGUAGAAUGUCAUGUUAAAAGAAAUAUUAAAGUUUGUUAAUGUACACUAACAUGUAAGUGAAAUUUUGGAUCCCGACUAUCAUUCUCUCAAAUCAGUUUUUUUUUCUCUCUCUCUCUGUUAUCAGUCAUAUGUAAAAUUGUUGCAUUGUUGCUAACACCAUUGCUUUCAUUUGACAGACAGAUCAUUUGCUUUUCUUCACAGGAUUUAUGAUCUUGAAUCAGAACAAACAGAAAGGCUUUCCUCUGUCAUCUGUUUUAGGACUGCUCAAAGACUCAGGAUUGACUGCGUUUUGGGGGGAAGUAGGAAAGAAUAUAAAAUUCUCUUCUUGAUAGUGCUGCAUGAAAGGCUACAAAUAGAUUUUAAACCAUCUCUUUUUGACGGGCCGAGGUGAAAAGGGGGACACUCAUGGAUCAGUAGGUCGUCCCUGCAGCUUUCAGCAUAUAGGGUUAUCUCACGCCCUUUGGCUGAUAAUACAUGUCACUACUAUCAUUUAUUCUGGCAUACCCAAGAUUUAGGACCUAAUUAUCCACAGUCUUGCAUCUUCUGAAGUUAAACCAACUAUAAUGUGCUCCUGUUCAGGUUUGGUAAUGUUUUAUACCCCUUUGUACAGAUGUAAUUGACUCCACUAGGUAAGCCAUAGUCCUAAGGUUUCAGAAUUCUAAUUGCAUGCAUUACGGGAGCUUAAAAUAACACAAUAUUGUUAUAUAUUUUAAGGAAACUGAGCACAUAGUGCUUUUGCUUCAAAACUGCUAACAGAGAACCCUAUGAUAGAGAACAUUUCUACUUGCUGGGAAGAAAAGAGCAUAUGUCAACUAAACCACAAAGGACUAUGUAUAAAAGUAGCUUCUGGGACUGGAUUAAUCUCACAGAAGGAAAGAAUAUCAGAGCAAGUGAGGCUCUGCAGUGUUGUUGGGGCCUAAUUUCUAUAGAACACUUAACACAAACAAGAAUCCAGAAAUCCCAGGUCAGCAGAUUUGAAUUUUUAUUUUUUUAGGCUGUAUAAAAUUAAAAUAUUACUAAAAAUGCAGUGUCCCAGAGCUUCAUACUGAUCAUAUUCAAACCUGCUUUUUCAUGUAUCAUGCCUCCAUUGUCCAGUGGGUUCACCAAUUUUGCAGUCCAGUCAUACAAAAAAGUACCCAUUGACUUCAAGUUGUGUGGUCUGUGAAUGAAAAGAGUGCAGGAUCAAAAUGUAAUCAAAUGUGUCUAAAUUUCUGUGAUGUCACCUGCACAACAGUUUAUGGAUUUUGAUAGCAUUUUAGAAACUGCACAACUAUAAUUAGAGCUGGUUGGGGAAAAAAGUCUGUCAGUUUUGUUUUAACAGAAAAUAGCUUUUCAACGCAGUGGAAAUGUUCAUGCAAAAAUACCUGUUUUCCUGAGAUAAAUGAGUUUUUAAUCAGAAAACCUUAAACUGAAAACAAAAUACUGGUUUUGACAAAAAUAUGAAAAAUUGUUUUGAGAAAACUUUCCCUCCCCCCAUUUUUGUCUAAAUUUGGAAAAAAUGGGGAGAAAAAAAUCUGUCAGCUCUCCCUACCAUUCAGAUGUGCAUCCAGUGGACUCUCAUCCGCUGUUCUGUUGCCUCUGUGUAACUCCGUUGAAAUAUAGCCAAGUUGCAUUGGUGUAAGUGAAAGCAGAACUUGGCCCACUCUUUGAUCAAGUAUUCUAAAAUUAGGCUUCCAGGCUUUGACAACUGCCCUAUCUUUUAAUCAUUCUGUUCUGCCCAGGGCAGAUGAGAAGAUGGAAGAAUAAUAAGGCACAUCAAUCUAUUGUUUUAGGUUGAAGAAAUCAAUACUUUGAAAAUUAUCUUUUAAUUAACAGCUAGUUAUAAGUAAAAUAAACUGUGGGAGGCCUGAAAUCUGAUGGUAUGGCAACUCUCCAUCUACUUUUAAUUUAAAAUAGAUCAGCUGUUAAAUUUUAAAUGAUUUCUGAGUUAGUUACAUGACUUCACUACCACAAUAAGUACUUGUCAGAGGGUAUGUCUGUGCUGUUGCAGGGAGUAUGCCUCCCAGCCCAGACAGGAAAAGACACUAGCUUACCUUGAGCUAGUGUGCUAAAAAUAGAGGAGUAUGAACAUUGCACCAUGAACUAGCCACCUAUGUCCAAGCCUGCUGACCCCCUGGAGCCGAGCUCAGGUGACUAGCCCAAGCUGCCACCCUUACUACCACAUCCAUGCUGUUAUUUUUAGCAUGCUAGCUCGAGCCAAGUUAGCAUGUAUUUGUUUAUCUCGGCUGGGAGGCAUUCUCCCAGCUGCAGUGUAGACAUAUCAAGAGGGUCUCCAAUCAAGUGAAUGUUGAAUGCCUUUGUGCUGAAAUUCUAGGCUAGACCCCUCAAUGUAUAAAAAUCUAAGUUAACAGACAGGGCAAGCAGAGAGCUGGAAAAAUAUGUACGCUAGUUAGGAGAAUGCCCAUUGCAAACCCAUAACUGAGACCUGUGUGUAUGUUUCAUUUAGGAGUUAAAUAGAAGGAUGUAUUAGGGGAAGCAGGACUAAAUAAUCCAGGGGAUUGGUAAUGGAUAGGAACCUUUCUUUGGUAUGUCAAUGGUUUGAGUCUAGCUCUAGGUCAUUACAGACCUAAGGUCAUAACCAUAUUGACCAAAUCCUGUUGACUUACCCUGACUUCAGUGGAAGUACAUGGAUGAGGAAAGUGAGUGGGAUUUACACAGACUGUAUCAGGGUUCAA